AAACAAGCACGCCUGCGCGGCCGCAGAGGCAGACUGGCGCGCAUGCUCAGGCGGGGAUGUGUGCGAAGCCUGCUGCUCCUGCAGCGAGUCUGGCGCAGAGUGGAGCGGCCGCCGGAGAUGCCUGACGCAUCUGUCUGAGGAGCGGUCAGUGACGCGAUGGAGCGGGCAAGGGAUCGCUUACACCUGAGACGAACUACAGAACAGCACGUACCAGAGGUGGAAGUCCAAGUCAAACGCAGAAGGACUGCCUCACUGAGCAACCAAGAGUGUCAGUUGUACCCGAGGCGUUCUCAGCAGCAGCAAGUACCUGUGGUGGAUUUCCAGGCUGAACUGAGGCAGGCAUUCUUAGCUGAGACACCAAGAGGUGGUUAAAGCCAUAUUGGAGUAGCAAGGAAUCUGAUUCCAAGAAAAAACCAGGCUCCAUCUACUCUUUGAAGCUUCUGCCCAGCUUGCAUUGUUUCUAGGAGAACCCGCGUCAUACCUUUAUCUAUAGCCUUCCCCUAGGUCUUCAGAAGCACCAAGUUUUAACUGUGGACAUUGGAUUUGGUGGAACAGCAAUCAUGACUGUUGGCAAGAGUAGCAAGAUGCUGCAGCACAUUGACUAUAGAAUGAGAUGUAUCCUGCAAGAUGGCCGAAUCUUCAUUGGCACCUUUAAGGCUUUUGACAAGCAUAUGAAUUUGAUCCUCUGUGAUUGUGAUGAGUUCAGAAAGAUCAAGCCAAAGAAUGCGAAGCAA